CAUUAUUGCAAUUUUUUCCAAAUGAAAAUCAUCAACGACACUCCCAAUAAUAGUACUGAUUUGUUUCAUGCACAUGUGUAAGUCAUGGUCUCGUAAGAAUUAUAAGAAAUAUGAAUUUGUCUGUAAUAAAUUCCACUUGAAUGUAUGACUAACAUAAAUAUGGGUAAUUGCUUGAAGAAAUCAUCUAACGAUGAUAUUUCAUUGCUGAGAGGCAGUGAUAGUGUUCGAGAAUCUUCAUCUGAUCAGUUGGGACCACCAGCUUAUCAGGAAUCCCUCCCGAUACAAGCAGCUUCUCCUGUUUAUCACCCAUCGCCAAGUGUAACUCGUUCAAUUGCCCAGUUAACGGAGGAAGAACAGGUGAAAAUCGCUAAGAGAAUUGGGUUGAUACAGCACCUUCCUACAGGAACAUAUGACGGAUGCAAAAAGGCUAGGGAAUGUGUUAUUUGCAUGGUGGAGUUUUUGGUAGGUGAUGCACUUCGUUAUCUUCCAUGUAUGCACACUUAUCAUAUGAUAUGCAUUGAUGAUUGGCUGAUGAGAAGUCUUACCUGCCCUAGUUGCUUGGAGCCUGUUGAUGCUGCCUUGCUAACCAGUUAUGAGACCAAUUGACGACCAGUGCCUUUGCAUCUGAUAGUAAAACAUUGUGAUCUAAAAUGCUUGUUUUUGUGGGCGCAAAUGAGUUAUGAGAGGCUGUGAUAAUAAAUUAGCAAAGGAAUAACUAUAGGAUAUUUGGUUUCUAUCUUUUAUUUUUGUUGUCAUUCUUAUAACAAAUAUUAUUCAUGUCUCUUCUGGAAAGUUGUACUUAUUCUUCAAUCAUGGAAUAUCUUGAUAUUGCUUAGACUGUGACUUAGGUUUAGAUCUUAUAUGCUUACCCAUUUAUUGAAAUAAUUUGGUAUUUCAUUUCUGAAUAGAAAGAAUAUUGUGGAGGAUGAAUUUAUAGUUAAUUUUAUUUACCGAAUUUAUGUAGCCAAUGUAAAUCUAAUACAAUUACAAGAAAUUCUGAUUAACAAAUGGAAUAUUUUGGUAAAAGAAUAAAAGUCAUAAUCAUAUCGGAA